AACACAUGCAUAACACUCAGUUGGUGGAAUUUCCCUUUAAAUGUAUCACAGUUGAAAUUCCUGCUUGGAUACGGGUUUUAUAGUGAUGUUUCCAUCUAACAUUUCAGCCAGCUGUUUCUGUGCACUUCACAUCAUCUUUCUGGCCCUCAUCACUAGUAGUAAUGGUGAUUGUGGUCCUCCUCCUAGACUUAUAUACGCAGAGCUGCUUGCAUCGUUUCAAGGCAUAGCUGACUUUCCUGUUGGGACCAGCGUGAGCUACAAUUGUCGUCUUGGUUACCAACGAAUUGGCGGAGCUUCUAACACAACUUGCUUACCUGAUUCAACUUGGCCCGAGCCUACGGUUUUUUGUGAAUUGAGAAGCUGCUCAAGUCUUUCAGAUAUACCAAACGGACAAGUACAUAUUGAAAGUCUUACUUUUGGCUCUGAAGUAAACUAUACUUGUAAUGAAGGAUACAGAUUCAUAACAAAAAUACGUACAAGAACAUGCCAAGCAGAUGGAACCUGGAGUGGUACAGAUCCUGUAUGUGAGAUUGUUACCUGUGUUCCUCCUGAUGCAAUAACUGAUGGGAGUUAUGACCCUGAGAAAGACGAGUAUGCGUACCAGAAUUCUGUGACAUAUAAAUGCAAAACUGGAUUAACACUUGUAGGUGAAAACUCCAUUUUCUGCACAGCUCAAGGGAACUGGAGUUCUCCUGCUCCACAAUGCAAAGCUGUUCGCUGCAGUGAGCCAGAUGUCCCGAAUUCUCAUAAGUUAUCAGGUUUCAGAGGUCCAUACAACCUGAAUUCAGCUGUCACGUUUGCUUGCGAUGAAGGCUUCUCAAUGAAAGGCUCCAGCUCGGUAACCUGUGGUAUUAACAGCACCUGGGAACCUGAAUUACCUAAAUGCCUGAUUGAAUGUCUAACCCCUAAUGUUGAGAAUGCUGAGAUAUUAUCUGAAUUAACUGGUCUAUACCUACUAAAUGCUACUGUGUCCUUUGAAUGUAGUAAAGGUUUCGUCUUACAAGGAAGUAAUACUGUAAAAUGCAGUAUUAAUGGUCAAUGGGAACCCCCAUUACCAAAAUGUCAGACUGUCGCAUGUCCUAACCCACAAGUCCCGAAUGCACACGAAGUGUCAGGAUUCACUGGUCCAUACACACUAAAUUCAACUCUAACGUUUGCUUGUGAGCCGGGUUACAGCAUGAGUGGAUCUAAUUAUGUAAAAUGCAAUGUUGGUAGCAAGUGGGAACCUCCUUUACCUAAAUGUUUGACUGUCGCAUGUCCUAACCCACAAGUCCCGAAUGCACACGAAGUGUCAGGAUUCACUGGUCCAUACACACUAAAUUCAACUCUAACGUUUGCUUGUGAGCCGGGUUACAGCAUGAGUGGAUCUAAUUAUGUAAAAUGCAAUGUUGGUAGCAAGUGGGAACCUCCUUUACCUAAAUGUUUGAGCUAA